AAAUCUGCGUCUUUAUUUUAGAAGGGAUGAGUAAUUCUCCUGACAUCUGGAGCGCUGUAAACGGGCUGAACCAGCAGGGCUAUGAAGGGGCCCUGGGGCCUUCUGUGGGCCACCAAACACAGCUGGGGAGCUACAGCUGCCUGCAGCCCACACGUGCAAACCUGGACUUCUCUCCUCAGUCGAUGAUAUCGGCUGAAAUGAACAGGGGUCUACCGCCGAUGUCCACCUUUCACCGUAACAACGCAGUAUCUCGCUCUCCCUCUGAGAACCCCUCAGAGAAUCCAGCAGUCUCAGGAAGCCACCUAAAUGUGUCAGGAGCGUCACAGACGGGGGAUACCUUGGGAAAAGCUCUGGCCUCUAUCUAUUCCCCCGAUCACACCAGCAGCAGCUUCCCCUCCAGCUCCUCCACACCAGUGAGGUCUCCGUCCCCGCUGCCAAACACAGCUGAAUCUACAGGAAACAAUCUGUGGAGCCGCAGUUCGGUCCAGCCGCCGGUGUCUCCGCACUUUGAGUCCUCACUCAUAUCGAUGGUAAACAACUGGAUCCAUUUUAUUCCAUUUAAAGACUCGUCUCUGUUAAUCGAGACAGAAUCAGACAGUGGGAUUUUAGCCCAGCUAGAGUGGAAGCCCACCAUGUACAGGGGAAGGGGGGUGGAAGCCGUCUCCAUGAACAACAAUCAUUCAGCCUUCCAGAGCAGAGCUCAAAAUGGCCAUCCAUACCCUCCCAGGCAGAGGGCCGUGUUUAUGCAAGGGACAGGAGGAGGUGGAGUCCAGAGUAACCUGGAGUUAAAGAUGGAGAGCAGGGAAGGGGAGGAGAUGAUGCACAAUGACCACGACCAUGGCUCAAACAGCCCAAGAUCAGAUGAUGAGAGCGAAAGCAAAACUCAUGGAGAAAACAGCACUCAAAACAGCAUCCAUGAGGACGAAGACCUGAGCCCCGAGCAGAAGGCCGAGCGCGAGCGAGAGAGGAGGAUGGCCAACAACGCCAGAGAACGCCUGCGUGUGCGGGAUAUCAACGAGGCCUUCAAGGAGCUGGGCCACAUGUGUCAGCUGCACCUGAAGAGUGAGAAGCCGCAGACCAAACUGCUGGUGCUGCACCAGGCGGUGGCAGUGAUCCUGAGUCUGGAGCAGCAGGUCAGAGAAAGAAACCUGAACCCCAAGGCUGCAUGUCUACGGAGAAGAGAGGAAGAGAAGGCGUCCGGCAUCAUGUCGGAUCCACAGUCUGUACAUCUCGCUUUUCAUCCAAGUCUGACAGACCCUUCAAACCCCAUGGGUCACCUCUGAGCAUCCCUUACAGACAACCUAAAGCCCACAUAAAAUCCAGGAGGAUGCAGCUCCUGUCAGGUGUCCAGUGUUUCCAGUAAAUUCAUCCGGAGCAGCUCAGGCUCCCAGACCGGAAAGCGUGAUGCUAUUGGACAAUCAUUCCUUCUCUUCCCAAAUGGAUUUUUUAUAACGUUGUGCCUAAAUAUGAUUUGUAUCAGACAAAUGCAUUGUAAGCUGCAGAUGUUUUGUACAUAUUUUUUAGAUUGAUUGGUAAUAUUUCUGUUGCAAUACAUCAGAACGGACGGAUCUGAUAACGUAGAGCUUCAUGUGCUGUUUAAAAUGGGGGAAAAAAAAGGUUUGCUGGUUAUAUUUUCAGCGUUUCAAUAUAUAUCACAAAGCUCAGUGGACAGACUUUCUCAUAUUUCUGUGUUUUUUUUAUUGUGGGCUCUAUGUGUGGGAGUGAGUGUGUAAAUACUGCAGGGGUUUGAACAUUCUGUGAAUGAACAGAUCUCAAGGAAUGUUCUUUUUAAUCAAACAUGGGGAUCAAACCUGGUCUGUAAAGGUGUUCAAUGUUUCUUCAAUGCACUGCAACAAAAAUCUAAUUUCCUGCGUGGACGGUGGAGAUAAUCCGCCAUCUUCUUGUAAUUAUCGCUCCUCGGAUGUCGUCAAGCAAACUCUGUGCAUGUUUAAGUUUUUAAUUGAAAAUUAUCUUUUUUUUAAGUUAUAAGUUAUCUUUUAUACAAAUUGUGAACCUAAUAAUGUGCUUUUAAUUGUUAUUUUAAUCAUGAAGACUGUUUUGUGCAGUUUAUAGAUGUACUUACAUUUAAUGAUCUGAGCAAUACAGUGUUACUAAAGAGGUGAUGCUUGGUCUUUAUUUAAAAGGUGAUUAUAAAGAAACGCCAAAAUAAUCUCAAACAUUCUCACCAUAAAAUGUAAAAUAUGUGUACAAUUUGAGGUCCAGGCGUGAGAUGAUAUGAAUAUGUAGCAA